UAAUAGCCAAAAAAAGUACUCAAGUAAGUGUCAUUACCAGAUAAAUUCAAACACAAGAAAUACAUUUACAGAUUAUUUUCUUUCACAGCAAAGGCUUUUAAAACCAAUACUCACAGUAGGUAAUAUAUUGUAUUGCAAUGUUACACAAAUGCCUACUGUAUAUUCACUUGACCUCUAAAUGGCACUUUAGGCUUAACAGAUACAAAUAUUAGAAUCGAAAUACUUGUGUACAAACAAGAAGUCUAACUUUGAUUUAAACUGUAAAAGUGUGUCUGAUGCAUUUUUGGUUAAAAUAUGCUUGUACUUCACUCACUGAAGUACUGAAGUAAGAGCAGCGAUACUUCAAAAAUAAUACCAAAAUAGUUAGAAGUUAAAAGUAUGGUGUAGUAAAAACUCCUAUAUAGGUCAAUAUGUUUCAGAAACAGAAACUCCAGUUAAGGUUUAGCUCAAACCAGACUGUAGAGGCCAAGAAACUUCCUUUCAAAAUCAUUAUUUUUGUAUGCGAGAAAAAACAAAACAAAAAAACUUUGCACUUUCGGGAAGGUGAUACCAAAGUUAUUCAUUGUGGUCUUACUCAUAUCAAAAGUAGAACUAUAUAACUUUAACCGCAGUCAUUUGUUUAAAUCUGACAUAAUGCUCUUCGUACUUAGAUGCUUAAUACAUUACUGUAAUGUGGAAAACCCCAAAUAAAAAUAAAAUAAUGCCACACAGUUACUUUGCGGAAACUAAGCUUUACAUUUUUGUAAAGCGGGCAAUAAAAAAACAAAAACCACACAAAACAUCGUGUUGUACUAACAGCGUUACCCCUGACAUUUCCAGCAACCUGUCAGGGUGAGCGCUUGUUUCAUGCAGGAUGUGCCGCAGCUGCGUCCCACGCCACGCUGAUAACUUCAGUCUGUCAGAUGAGAUGCAAACUCACUUCCUCAGACGCGCCACGGCCAAGCAAUGAUCCAACCUGUCCGGGCUGAGCAGGGGACAGGCUUCGCUGGAAAUCAGCUCAAACCCCGGCUAUUUAUCUCUGGGCCCAUCUCUGAUAGAGGCAGGCGCGCUGAGCGGAGGCUAUUCUAAUAGACCGCUUAAAGACUGCGGAUGAAGGCGCUCAUGCCUCAGUGAGUCCGGUUCAACAGGAAACCAACGAAAGUGCGCCGCUUACAGAACUGAAACUUGCAGCGUGCAUGAAGAGCUUUGAACCCAUCAUGCUCUGUAGCCAUAUAUGAAUUGAAGUGAUGGAUAGGUCAUCGUCCACCGUUAGGCGGCGAGCCUGGAUCAACAGCAGCCGACAAUGGCCGACAGUGGAGGAGAUGGAGGGUCCGCUGUGUAACCUUGCAGCCUCGGCCUCCAUAGCAGAUGACGAUGAUGUCUUUUCUGAUGCCAGCUUCAAUGGAAAGAUUGAGAACUGGCUCCUUGGUUGUGGAUCUGAUGUCCGCUUGGAGAACAGCAGCCAGCUAAGUUUCGAGUCUGCACUGCAAGCCAACACCUUUUGUGAUGACCUGAGCCUUGGAGCUGAUGCUUCAGUUAUAAACUUUGGAGGAACUACAACUAACUAUCGAAAUCGUUCCUUCACGAAACAGCUCAGCAGGGUCAGCAACAGUACUCCUCUUCAGAAACUAUGCCCGUCGUCACUGAACCUGGGCCACAGCAUGGCCUCCAGCUGCCUUUCCUCUUCCACUUGGAAAACAGUGUCAAGUGUGUCAGAGGUUCUGCAGAUGUGUUCAGAGGAUGCAGAGGAGACUCUGUACGAACUGGGUUUUGGCUGUGAAGAACCGCAGGUCACCGUUCGCAUCCCUCCUCGAUUUUUCACCUUCCCCUCUCAGGCUCAAGGCAUCAACUUCCGCCUCUUCCUGGAUGCCCAGAUCCGGCGAAUAAGAGAGGAGGACCCCAGCCUUUCACUUGCCAGUCGUUUCAGACAAGUGCAAGUGCUUACAGCCAUGGCCAAUGCUUUCUAUUCCCUCUACUCUCACGUGUCCCGCACUCCUCUCCAGAAGCUGGCCACACCAGAGUUCAGCUUCUCCUCUCCUGUGGAGAGGAUUGAACGGUUUAGGACCAGUAUUCGCAGCGAGCCUCGCUCUCCUGUGGAGAGGCUGAAGGACACUGUGAACAAAAUGUGCCUCUACACCGGCUCUCCUCGUGGGUCGGACUCCACCUCUCCACAGCCCUCACCCAGAAAGAGAUCCAGCCUUCCAGACGUGGUGGAUAUAAUGCUGAAAUUCAAGACUGGGAGUGCCAAGAAGCUGGAUUUGGGGGAACAUGACAGGUGUGGAUCUUGUGAGGAUUUUAGGUUGCUAUCAAAUGGUGGAGAUAUAGAGCAAGUGAAGCAGACUUUAGAGGACACAGACAUUUAUCAGGAGGGGAAUAAAAUCUGCAAGGAGGAGGUGCCUGACAACGAAGAGGCAGAUAAUGCUGAUAAUGUCAGACAAGAAUAUUGUGAAAGAACAUCGCUGACGUCAUCGUUGUCAAGAGAAACUGUGAUAGAAACAGAAACUCUGCUAGCCACAAAUCAGUCAGAGCUGGACUCAUGUUUGACACAAAGGGACACAAGGACAACUGAACUGACUCCUGCUGCCAAAGUUUCAUAUGAUCUAAUCUGCCCUCCAAUAGUGGAGCGUGUACAUCAGGCUUCUUUCUGUUGUCAAAACCAAAACCGCUUCCUUCAUAUCUCUGGGACAGAAAGUAGAGACAGACUAAGCUCUCACACACCUACAGUGCAAACCCCUACCUCUGAGCCUAAUGAAGACUUACACCCUGGAUCUUCUAGAAAGACCCUACAGGUGGAUGGACCUGGAUCACCUCUGGUUCUUGAGCCUAGAGACAGCUACGCUCACUGCUGCAUCACAGUGACUGGCUUGGAAGACGAGGACGUGUCCUCAACCUCCAUGAACACCUGCCAUGUUUCACCUGCCUUAUCCAAGCGGACUCCUGCAGAGCUGUUUAAUGAGGGAGAGGGACAGUACCUGAACCCGUUAACCCAUCCUGGACUGGGCAAAUUCUCCAGCAAUCGUCAGCAGGUCAACUCAUUCGAGCUGGAGGAGGUGCAUAGCGCAGGAGAGGAAGAUUUUGGACAACCAGAAGCGAGUACCGUCACUUCGUCACUCUCCAGAAAACAUUCAUGCAAAGGUGAAGUGGUGCGGGGCGACAGCGUGCAGUCCGACAGCAGUGGCUACGCAGAUGAAGAAGUCAGCCCCUCAUUAGACAGACACAGCAGGUGACGGAGAGAAAAAGGCAGGACUAAAAUGUACCACAAGAUCUGGAAACCUUUUCCAUUUGGAAAGCCGAUCUCCACAUUGACUUUCUUGAACUCUUAAAAUGUGAAUGUUUCAGAGGGUACAGACAAAGAAAAUGUGCAAAGCAUGAUUAUAUGAAACUGAACUGUGUGAACAAGCAAAGACUUGGACAGUGAAGUGUAAUGGAAUGGUACUUUAAUUAGGGUAAAAUCAACUUCAAUUCUUACAAAAAAUGUUUUAUCGAAAAAAAAA